UAAUUUUAUUAUAGAACAUUAAAUAAUCCCAUUAAACUUCGAAUCUUUGGGGUAGCAGAAAACUUAACACAAAGCCCGCAGUUUUCUGUGGUGAAUUUGGCUGUCGAAGUUACAACAACUACAAUUGAAAGUGUACUACUGUGCCUAAACAUAUUAAACAAAAGCGUGGAAUUGGCUUCAGAAAUACUUAUAUUUUUGUUUAGAGAAUUUACAAUUUAGUAAAAUAAAAGCAAACGUAAUGGGCAAGGAAAAGAAGCAAUUUAAUAUCGGAGAUUUAGUUUUCGCUAAGGUGAAGGGAUACCCGGCAUGGCCUGCGAAGAUAACUAAGUAUAACAAUAAAAAGUACAGCGUGUACUUUUAUGGAACUGGCGAGACAGCAAACAUUAAAGUGGAAGAUCUCUUUCAGUAUGCGGAGAGUAAGGAAAAAUUUGCUACCGAUAAAAAUCUUAAACGAUCAAAUUUUCGCGAGGCUAUUGAACAGAUAGAGGCAGCCUUGAAUGGGGAAGACUCGGCGCCAAUCGAUUUACCGGAGGCUGUAGCUGCAGCGGACGAAUUGUUAGAUGAUGGAAUUGACGGAUUUGCAGAUGUUACUGCUGAUGAUUCGCAAAUACAAGAAAAUGUGGCUCAGGAAAUAAUAGAAAAGGAUGCUGACUCUAGUGCAACAAAUAUCGAUGAGUCGUUGCCAAUAAAACUAAAAGAAGAAAAGCAAGUUCCAGUCGUAACGUCUACUACUGAUAGCGCUGAAUUGGUUAGUCGCAGUGGACGCAAAAUCAAAACGAAACGGUACAUUGAUGAAGUCCACGAGGGCCCCAAUCUAUCCCAUUCGCCACCAGCAAAGAAAAAAGUACCAGCAGAAGGUGUUGGCGCAGAUACGAAAAAAUCUGCAAAGAAAUCGAGCAGUUCCUCUAAGCCAACGGCUACCAUAACGCCAACCGUAAAAAAUUCGGCAGGUAACAAAAGUGAAGUCUACAACAAUCUUUUAUUAGCUUUCGUACCACCAGCUAAAUGUGUCGGUAUCAAAUUGGAUUAUGGAAAACCAGAAACAUUUGCAACCCCAGCAGAACGUAUUAAAUGGGAAGAGAAGUCUCGAAAAGAAGCUGGUGACCUAAAAGAAAAAUUGGAAAUAGGUCAAAUAAAACUGGAUGCGGUAAAAGAUCGUGUUAUUGUAAAUCCUCCAAGGUCAAAAAUACACCAAGAUGCUGCAAACAAAUUUACCAACCAAAUGAUAGAGCAAGAAGAUGCGCUCUUCGUUGAAAGAGAUUUUAUACAAAUGUCGCAGCAAUUGCGUGAGAGUUUGGGCCUUAAGAGUGCCGACGUAAAUCGAUGUGUCGAGUUACUUAAGCAGUAUAAAGAUUUCGAAUUAACACAGUUAAUGCUAUUACGUAAUCCAGAUUGUGUGGAUAUAAUAAGACGUUUGCGUCGCUACGUGGGAAAUUUAAAAGAAUGGUCCAUGGGUGCUGAAGAAGAAACUGAAUUUAGGACUAAAGCAGAAAUUAUACGCAAUGAAGCAAUUGUUAUUUACAAUUAUUUCAAAAAAAUAUUUAAAAUUUCAUCUGAUCAACAAUUUUGGGAGCCUUUCUGCGAUCAAGUUAAAACCUACAAGGAGUGCACAAAACAUAUUAACGAGCAAAAUCGUAUUACAAUGAGUGAGAAAACGUAUAUGAGUAUUCUGGCCAAUUUUAAAAAAGAUGGAAAACAUGCUCAAGAAAAAGAAUCGGAGUCGAAGAGUGAUGAGAAGAAGGAAAACAUAAACCAAGACAACCAAGCGGAUGCUAAUGAGAAAACAAACACUAGCGACACGGAAACUGACAGAGCAGAGAUGGACGAGUCCAUCGUAAAUACAGAAAGUAAUAUACUAGAAGCUGUAGAGUCUUAAAUAUUCCUUGUUCAAAAAAUAAAUAUUUGAAUAAACCAGAUUCCAUUCAUUGUCGAUCUGGUAAUGUAACUGUUGGAGCGCUAUUAAUAAAAAAUCUUUAAUCCGUAUUUUACAUACAUA